AUGGCAAAUAAAAUAUCAACAAUUAGAUAUAAACGACAAAUCCGGCCGUUACUAUCCAAGAUUCAUACUUUAAAUGACUUGUACUCCAAAAACCCACUGUUGUUUGAAUUUGACAUUUCUAAAAUUGAUAUAAAUAAACCAAUUAAAUCCCCAGACGCUGAUUAUCACCCAAGAAAAAGAACGAAAACAGUACUACUUGAAGAAUCGUUGGAGCCGGACUUUUACAGCCCUAGGACACCUGAAGAAAGACUCAAAUCAUUAAAACAUUAUGUAUCAUCCGAACUAUUUAAAGCUUAUACUGAGUUACUUUCCAUACUAAAACCAGUUCUUAUUUCUUUAGCACCAUCUGAUUGUUCUUGGACACUUGCUACCAGAUGUGCAUUUGAAAUAGGUAAAGAAAUGGCAGAAUCAACAACCACCACCUACUAUCGACUAAACAAUGUGCAUUUAUUUGAUCCUGAUCUUGUGAAUCCUAGUAUCAAAGAAUUGUAUGAUGAGUUGUAUGGAGACAUUGAUGAUUGGAUUGAUAUGGAACCAGCACAAGUUACGAACAAUUAUAGACAAUAUCUACUUAUUGGAUAUGUCAGUAAACUCUUGGUGAUACAUUCCCAGACUACAUUAUAUAUAUUUUUGCCUGUGUUACUACAUUGGCUAUCACAUCAAAAUCCGUAUCUACGACAUUUGGGACAGUUACUCGCCAAUGAUUUUUUUAGUUUCCCCGAUAAUUCAACAACCAACAUUGAGGAGUUGAAUGGAUUGAAAUUUAAUAAUACUUCAAGAAUAUUCUGGACCUUAUACGGAGUUGAUUAUUGGAAGCCAUUUUUGAAUAGAGCGAGUUUAUCAGUUGUGCUACCAUACAAGAUUUCUUUAGAGUUGUUUGAUGAGUUAGAAGACACUCAUCAGUUACCAAAAGGUUAUUACAGAAGAGAGUUGUAUUCAAUGUUUCAAAUUUGUCUCAAUUAUAAUAUAAUAGUUAUGAUAAUGGUGAAAAUACUACAAAAAACCCGCAAGAAAUGUAAAACAUACGAAGAUGCGUACCAGCAUUUCAAGAAUAUUUACACUUUGGCCGUGGAAAUGGCAUGUAACUGGUUGCCUUUCUAUAGCAUCACUUUUCCAAAUAAUAAAAUAAUUUUCAAUUCAUUAAGGCAACUACAAGAAUUUAUGCAAGGUAAGUUAAAAGUAUUGUCUAGUCAAGGAGGGAAGUAUACAUUAUUAUAUAAGAGAUCACAAGGCUUUUUCGAAUCACUUGAAGCUAUACUGUAUUAUUAUCUUUAUCCUGACCGGAAGAUUAUUUUGAAUUCGGUGGACACCGUUGCCAAGACGGCAGUCAAGUUGAGAAUUGACAAUCAUAAAUUUCUAGCCUGGUUGAACAGAAACGCAUUUUAA